AUGGCCUCCAAGCUCAAGGAGCGGAGAAGGACGCCGGUUUCCCACAAAGUGAUUGAGAAGCGGAGGAGGGACCGCAUCAACCGCUGCCUCACCGAGCUGGGGAAGACGGUGCCCAUGGCUCUGGCCAAGCAGAGCUCGGGGAAGCUGGAGAAAGCGGAGAUCCUGGAGAUGACGGUGCAGUACCUGCGGGCCCUGCACUCGGCGGACUUUCCCCGCGGCCGGGAGAAGGAGCUGCUCUCCGAGUUCGCCAAUUACUUCCACUAUGGCUACCACGAGUGCAUGAAGAACCUGGUCCACUACCUGACGACGGUGGAGAGGAUGGAGACCAAAGACACCAAGUACGCCCGCAUCCUGGCCUUUCUCCAGUCCAAAGCACGCUUCGUUACUGAGCCUCUCUUCACUUCCCUGGGCUCCCUGCCGGAGCCGGACUUUUCCUACCAGCUGCAUGCUGGGCCCGAGUGCCCCGGGCACGUCCACAGUCCCGCCGAGGGCGUGCUCCAGUCGCCCUCGGGGGGGCCAUUCCCCUGGCACGGCGCCACCCGCAACCCCUCCCUGCCCUACCACUUGCCCAGCGCCGCCGUACCCCUCGCCAGCCCCGGCCAGCAGCGCAGCACCUUCCUCUCAUCCGUGCAGGGGCUGGAUCGCCACUACCUCAACCUCCUCGGCCAUUCCCACCCCAACACCUUCGGGCUGCCCCCGGGCCAGCACCCCUCCAUGCUAUAGAGACUCGUCCCUCCUGAAAAAA